UCCAAUUCUUACAUUACUUGGUGGUUAAUCAGGUCAGUCAGCACUUAGCAGGCGGUGAAUCAAAUGAAUUCAUCGCCAGCAGCUCGGCGAGGCCGCCGAUGAUCAUGAACGGGCAUGAGUGCAUAUUUUUUUUUUCCAAUCAUUGCUACCAAAUCAUGCUCAGGGAUUUCGCUUAAGACUCAGGAGCUCUAUGCUAUGCUCUAGUCUUUCUGGCUCGGUACCUGGACCUGUUUACGGACUUUAUUUCGGUGUAUAACACUGUGAUGAAGCUUGUGUUUAUUGGAAGCUCGCUUGCCAUUGUUUGGUGUAUGCGGAUGCACAAAAUGGUGAAGCGUUCUUACGAUCAAGAGCUCGAUACAUUCCGCCAUUAUUUUCUUAUAGCAGGCUGCUUUUUGCCUGCCCUGCUUGUCAAUGAGAAGUUCAAGUUUCAAGAGGAGAGACAAAUUUUUCGACAUUCUCGUCUUGUUGGAUGCAUCUAGUCUCGUUUGAAAUUGGUUUGCCUGGACCAGGGUAUGAUUGUAAUGGUGAAUUGGAACUACUUUCAGGUCCUCUGGGCAUUUUCUAUAUACUCGGAGGCGGUUUCUAUUAUUCCGCAGUUAGUUUUGCUACAACGAAGUGGAAAUGUGGACAAUUUGACAGGUGUGUUCCUUCUUGGGGCCUAUCGUGCAUUGUACAUUCUCAACUGGAUCUACCGCUACUUCACAGAACCACAUUUCAGUCGAUGGAUAGCUUGCAUCGCCGGUCUGGUUCAGACAGCUUUAUAUGCAGAUUUUUUCUACUACUACUCUCUCAGCUGGAAAAACAACGCAAAGCUUCAGCUGCCAGCGUAAGCCAAGGAAGUGUGUUUUUGUUCUUAUAGGCACUUGCAGGUCAGAUUAACACUCCCGUUAAGGUCAGAUUAAUACUCCCGUUAAUUUCGAGUUGAUAAUAUCGAAAUCUCAUAUGGUCACCUUGUAAAGAUGUUGGAUGUUGGAAGGAUUAAUGGAACCCCAGGCAUACGGUAUAA